AUGGCUGCUGCAGAAGUAAUGGACGAUGUUGGAAGAACAAUUGAAGAAAAACCAAUGAGUGAAAAAAGAGAAAGAGGAGACGAGGCUGAAACAUUGACUCCAUGGGAGCAACACGCCAGCAUCAUAAGCAUCCCUCGGUUCGACUACACAGCUCCCUCUUCUCUGCUUCAUCAUUCUCAUUCCGGCUUCCUUAUCACCUGCACCAUCAAAAGGGAGAAAAGUGCUACAAAAGAGGUCAUGUCCAUCCUUGGAAAGGUAUUGCCCAUAGGUGAGGAGAAUGCUGAAGUUCUCAAAUCUUCUGAUGCAUCUAAAAGACAAAAGCUUUGUGGACUAGAGAUAGAAGACGGCGAAGGGAAGACAGUAACUCUAGACAAUCAUGUCUUGCCGGAAGCAGCUCAAAAUCCAGAUGUUGAGGAUUUCAAAUCGGCCAAAGAAAGUAUCAAUGAAGAACAUAAUUCUCUCAUGUCAUUGGUUAAGCUGACAAAGAGUGGCUUGCUUCUUUUUACCUUCCCUGUUGAAAACUCUCUCGAUGCAACAAAUAUUGUGUCAAGAAUCUUCCAGUUUAUGGAAUCUGGAUCUCUGAAGGCACCAAUCUGGUGCCAUCGGAUAUUCCCUGUCCAAGCUACUUGUGGUUUGACAGAGAAAGAACUCCGGGAAACAGUAUCAAAGCUUGUUCAGCGGUUUGUCGAUGAUAAACACAAUACACUCUCAAAGCCAGUGAAGUUUGCAGCUGGGUAUAACCGAAGAGGUGUGGAGGAGACAAAAGGAAAGAUUCAGAAAGAAGCAUCAGAGGUUCUGAAUCAAUGUCCUUUGCUGGACCGCAGCAAAUGCUUUGAAACUGUGGCGGCUGGAGUGAAAGACAUUGUACCAGAUUCAGUUGUGGAUCUCAAAUCUCCAGAGUUAUGUGUUCUGGUGGAACUCUUACCGCUCUCUAGAAUACCAAAUGGCUCCUACGUAGCUGCUGUUUCAGUGCUUCCACAUAGGCUCGUUAGCACAAAGCCGAAACUCGCCAUCAAGCCUCUAGUCCCUGAAACCAAACAGAAAAAGGGACAGAACUGA